GAACACUUGAAAGGUUACUGUAUAUAUAGUAUAGGAACAUGUAGUUGGGCAAUGUAGCUAGGCAAAACAUGAAGAUUAAUUUUGUAUUGUUUUGGAGUGUGGCAGUCAGUGUGUGUGCAAGUUUCACCACAGUGAGAGGUGAAUUUAUAUUAUCAGUGAAUUUCAUCAACUACACCAACCCAACCGGACUGUGUGCUGAAUGUGAGACUGAAUUGGGAGAUGUGACAAGUGCUGACCAGCUAGUACCAGUGUGCUGUGAUGAGCUACCAUUCAUAAACACCAAUUGUGACAACACAGGAGAGGGGAGAUGUGACACCAGGUUCCGUUGGACCAUCAGACAAUUUGGUGCUACGCUAGAGACACGAGCCCUUAGUAUGCGCUAUCCUAACGCUUCUUCCUACUUCUUUACCAACUGUAACAACGCACACGGCACUUCUUGCCCAUUCAGUGAAAUGAGCACAACAUUCGGUCAAGGUCCAACAGCACUACUGGGAGUAACACCCAAUCCUCUGCCUGUUUCAAAAACAGAUUUUACUGUGUGGAUGGGACGAAUCCAGUUUUUCAUAGAAGCCGUGGACAGUGGACUCCUGAACAUAAUAGACAGUCUAUUGAUUGACCUGGACAGUCUCCAACUUGGAGCAGGCUUCACAGAGGAGAUGACAUUCACUGGAUUCCACAACAUAUCUCACAUGACCAUGAGUUUCAGAGUCGAGUGCUCUCCUGGUUUCUGUGGACCUGACUGUUCCACAACACCUCAGAACAAUCCACGAGUGGCGACAUGUCAAGCUGAUGGUACUCUAACAUGUACUAACAACCGAUUAGACCCUUCACCUCUUGUAGCCUGCAACAACUGCCUCUACAACCUGAAUAUUACUACUGGCUGCUCCUGCGUACAGACCAACUAUGACCCAACCAACAAUUGCACAGCCUGUCUUCCUGGGUAUGAUAUUUCCCAAAACUGCUUACAAUGUAUCAACACGAAAUAUAAUCCUGAUGCAAAUUGCUCUGUAUGCAUUAUAGGCGUAAGAUAUGACCCAUUUACCAGCUGUUCGUCAUGUGUGGACACAAACUUCAAUCCUUUUGAUGGCUGUACAACAUGCUUGGAAUUUUACGAUUCGCUAAGGAGCUGUACCCAAUGUCUACCCAACAGAGAUCUAUCUACCAACUGCACCCAGUGCCUACCCAACAGAGAUCCCUCUACCAACUGCACCCAGUGUCUACCCAACAGAGAUACCUCUACCAACUGCACCCAGUGCCUACCCAAAAGAGAUCCCUCUACCAACUGCACCCAGUGCCUACCAGGCUGGAACAUCACCUCGGACUGUACUAGUUGCCUACUCAACAGAGAUCCCUCUACCGACUGUACCCAGUGCCUACCCAACAGAGAUCCCUCUACCAACUGUACCCAGUGUCUACCAGGCUGGGACAUCACCUCAGACUGUGCUAGUUGCCUACCCAACAGAGACCCAGUCACCAACUGCUCCCUCUGCCUACAACCAGACAGGUUCACUGAUACAGACUGCAGUGUGUGUGUGCUCUACCAGGAGGGGACCCAGCAACACUCUGUCAAACAUGCUUGGAUAACUUUAAUCCUACCUGCACUGAGUGUGUGGCUAACUAUGAUCUGAACACCAAAUGUUUGUCUUGUCUACCAGGCUAUGAUAUUAAUAGUGUAUGUACAAUAUGCCUUCUAGGACGAAAUAUAUCCACAAGAUGUACUACCUGCCUGUCUAGAUUCACUGGAAGUAACUGUGAACCUGAAUCUAUAGAAACUUUACUAAGUGUGGGACUGGUGGGUGGUAUCGCUGGAGGAGUGGGUGGAGCUUUGCUACUCAUCAUUCUAGUAAUGGCCAUGCUCCUACUUACAGUCCGUAUCAGAAAGAGUGGUAACCAAGACAUCAGUACUGCCACUACUACAG